AUGGUUGUCGAAGCGCUCACGGAAGUCAUCGCGCCAGAAGGCGUCAAAGCGAGACUGAUCGCAACCAAGUCAACAGACAUCACACUUCCACACGCGGAACAGACCAAUGGACGAGUAGUCCCCGUGCAGCACGCAGCGGAAAGCAAGGUGGACUUUGGCGCCGAAGUCUACGGAAUCGACCUGAACAGACUCACCGAUGCGGAUUUCCAACUCAUCUCCGACGCCCUCCACAAGCACAAAGUCUUGAUAUUCAAGGAACAGCCGGAGAUGCUCCAACCACAGCAACAGUAUCUGCUGACGGCCAAUUUCGACCCCGACGAGACGACAGGAGGCUUCGCGCACGGGGCCGAUCCAUUCCUGACCUCGCAUGGCGGCGUCAACAUCUACGGCAUCCAGAGCAGACCCGCGAUCCCCGUUCAACCACAGGUCCAUAUCCUCGGACGGGGCGAAGUUCCCGAAAACCACUACCAGUUCCCUCCGGGGUUCAAGGUCAAGGGGAUCGACCACCACGCGUUCCAUCUGCCGCCGCACAUUCCGAAAGAGGAGCGCGAGAAAGGAGCCAGCCGGUUCUACCAGUGGCACUGGGACGGAGCCUUGUACAACAUCCCGCCUCCGCGAGUGGGCUGUCUCCUGGCCGUCAAAACACCAAAGGGCCCCGACGUCACUGUGCGCUGGGACGACGGGACGGGGACAGAAAUGAAAAUCCCGCCCGGCGCCACCGCCUAUGUGGCUGGGUCGAGAGCUCUGGAAGUCCUCGACGAAGAAACCAGACAGAUCGUUCUGCAUUCUCGCAUCGAGUAUGCCCCGCACGCCUUCAAGUGGAUGUCGACCGCCCAUAGCGCGAGACUGGGUCAUAUCCUGGAAACCGAAGGCCUCGAGCUGCCUCGCGAGAAGCUCCCGCCUGUUGACGAGACAAAAAUCUGCAUCUAUCCGAUGGUGUGGACCAACCCGAAGACGGGCGAGAAGUCCUUGCAGGUCCAUGGACAAGGAGCGGUCAAGUUGUACCUUAGGAGCAGUCCAGAUGGGGAAGAGAAGAUCGUCGACGAUUUGAAAGAGGUCCGAGACUUUAUGCAUAGAAUCAUGCGGCCAGCCAUCUCGCCCGAGAACAUCUAUGCACACCGCCACCAAGAGCAAGAUGUCGUCCUCUGGUACAACCGUGCGUUGUGGCACAGCAUUGUAAGUUGA